GCGCGCUGGGAGGAGGGCGAGGUGACGGGAGGAGUGAACACAGACGCGGGGAGGACUCCGACAGAGGAGCAGAGAAACCGGGACCAUAUCCUCGCUGCUCCGGGAGCUGUUUCUUUCUCCAGCGGACGGAUACGUGGUGCGGCGUCUUCCUGCGGGGACAGCAGCCUGGGUUUGCGGACAGGAGGCGCACGGCUCGCCCGCUCUUCCUCGUCGGACAAAACAGAAGAGCGGAGGUUAACGGAGCGGAGGACUGGAGGCGCAGCGGUGGAGUUGAGAUGUCCUGAGUCACUCCUCCAGGCCAAAAAAGGGGUUUGCUGAUGGGACCGGCUGCGCCACCAUGAGCUUACAAGAUGGCGGCUGCAGCUACGCCGUGGCCACCGCUAGUGGCAGCAUGCGGCGGCGCCUGGAGGACCAGGAGUUCAGCCUGCGCGUCUACCCAGGCACCCUGGCUGAGGGCACCAUCUAUUGCCCCGUCAGUGCCCGCAAGAAUACCACAGCUGCUGAAGCCAUCGAGUGCCUCAUCGAGCGGUUGCACCUGGAGCGUACCAAAUGCUACGUGUUGGCUGAGGUGAAGGAGUUUGGUGGGGAGGAAUGGAUCCUGAACCCCUGUGACUGCCCUGUCCAGCGGAUGAUGUUGUGGCCACGAAGUGCACUGGAGAAUCGCAGCGGUCUGGGCAGCGGUGAAGACUACCGCUUCCUCCUGCGGGAGAAGAACCUAGAUGGAUCUAUUCACUAUGGGGGCAGCCUGCAGAUGUGGCUGAGGGUGACUGAGGAGCGCCGGCGCAUGGUGGAAAGGGGUUUCCUCCCCCAGCCUGCAGGGAGCAACCCUCCGUCCGACCUGUGCUCUCUCCCAGAACUAACUGAGCGCGCCAUUUUGGAAAGCCUUCGUGCGCGUUUCCGCCAGGAGAAGAUCUACACCUACAUUGGGAGUAUUCUUAUUGUGAUUAACCCGUUCCAGUUCCUGCCAAUCUACAAUCCUAAAUAUGUCAAAUUGUACGACAACCAUGCUCUGGGGAAACUGGAACCCCACAUUUACGCUGUAGCGGAUGUGGCGUAUCAUGCAAUGCUGCAGCGAAGAAAGAACCAGUGCAUUGUCAUUUCUGGUGAAAGUGGGUCUGGAAAGACCCAGAGCACUAACUUCCUCAUUCAUCACCUGACGGCCCUCAGCCAGAAGGGGUUCGCCAGCGGGGUGGAGCAGAUCAUCCUGGGAGCUGGGCCAGUGUUAGAGGCCUUUGGGAACGCCAAGACGGCCCACAACAACAACUCCAGCCGCUUCGGAAAGUUCAUCCAGGUCAACUACCAGGAAAGUGGCACUGUCAGGGGAGCCUAUGUGGAGAAGUACCUGCUGGAGAAAUCACGCCUUGUGUAUCAGGAGCACAAUGAGAGGAACUACCAUGUGUUCUACUACCUGUUGGCCGGAGCCAGUGAAGAUGAGAGGAAGUCCUUUCACCUGCUUAAACCUGAGGAAUACCACUACCUCAACCAGAUGACAAAGAAAUCACACAAACUCCACUGGGACAAUUACUAUGACAGCGAGCUGCAGGACUGCUUCACCGUGGAAGGAGAGGAUCUGAAACACGACUUUGAGCGCCUGCAGCUGGCGAUGGAGAUGGUCGGCUUCCUCCCCGCCACACGCAAACAGAUUUUCUCACUGCUGUCAGCGAUCCUCCAUCUGGGCAACAUCCGCUACAAGAAGAAGACCUACAGGGACGAUUCUAUCGACAUCUGCAACCCAGAGGUCCUGCCCACUGUCUCAGAGCUGCUAGAGGUAAAGGAGGAGAUGCUGCUCGAAGCGCUAACGACCAGGAAAACGGUCACUGUCGGAGAAAGGCUCAUCGUGCCCUACAAACUUGCUGAGGUGGGCACUGUGAGGGACUCCAUGGCCAAGUCGCUGUACAGUGCGCUUUUCGACUGGAUUGUGUUCAGGACCAACCACGCCCUGCUCAACAACAAGGACCUGGAGGACAGUUCAAAGAUCCUGUCCAUAGGAGUCCUCGACAUCUUUGGUUUUGAGGAUUAUGAGAGCAACAGCUUUGAACAGUUCUGCAUCAACUUCGCCAACGAGCGACUCCAGCACUACUUCAACCAGCACAUCUUCAAAUUAGAACAGGAGGAGUACAGGUCAGAGGGCAUCACCUGGCACAACAUCGACUACAUCGACAACAGUGGCUGCAUCAACCUCAUCAGCAAGAAACCGACCGCUCUGUUCCACCUGCUGGAUGAGGAGUGCAAUUUCCCUCAGGCUUCCAAUCAGACCUUGCUGGACAAGUUCAAGCGUCAGCAUGAAGGAAACAGCUACAUCGAGUUCCCUGCUGUCAUGGAGCCUGCCUUCAUCAUCGGACACUACGCUGGUAAAGUCAAGUACAGAGUCAAGGACUUCAGGGAGAAGAACACUGACCACAUGCGACCCGACGUCGUGGCCUUGCUAAAGAGUAGCAAGAACGCCUUCAUCUGUGGUCUGAUGGGAAUCGACCCCGUGGCGACCUUCCGCUGGGCCGUGCUGCGAGCCUACUUCAGAGCCCUGGUUGGUUUCAGGGAGGCCGGCCGCAGACACACCCACAAAAAAACUGCAAACGAUGCAGCAGUUCCCUGUACCGUUGUUAAAACUGUCGACAGCUUCAGUUUCCUCCACCACCCGGUUCACCAGAGGAGCCUUGAGAUCCUUCAAAGAUGCAAAGAUGAGAAAUACAGUAUCACAAGAAAGAAUCCCCGCACUCCUCUGUCAGAUCUUCAAGGCACCAACGCCCUGAAUGAGAAAGCCAGCUGGGAUGGCUAUGGCGUUGGCUGCAACGGUCGCAGCUCCAGAUCGAGUCGUCUCUCCUCAACAGGAAGUCCCGCCCUGGAGGAGGAUGGGAUCUUCCUCAACUCGACCAACAGCAAGCUCCUUGAGAGAGCUCAUGGUAUCCUGAUGAGAAACAAAAACUGCAAAGGCAAACCGGCCCUUCCCAAGCACUUGUUGGACGUCAAGUCCCUGCGCUACCUGAGCAGUGUGACGCUGCACGACCGCAUCACCAAGUCUCUGCUUCACCUGCACAAGAAGAAGAAGCCGCCAAGCAUCAGUGCACAGUUCCAGGCUUCCCUCAAUAAGCUGAUGGAGACGCUCGAUCAGUCGGAGCCGUAUUUCGUGAAGUGUAUUCGAUCCAACGCUGAGAAGCUGCCAUUGCGUUUCAAUGACACUCUGGUGCUCAGACAACUCAGAUACACAGGGAUGCUGGAAACUGUCCGCAUCCGCCAAUCAGGAUACAGCAUCAAGUACACCUUCCAGGACUUUGUGCGUCACUUCCAUGUGCUGCUGCCUCGAGGCACGAACCCAACCAAGUCAGGUAUCAGGGAGUUCUUCAGACAGAUCCAUCUGCUGCCUUCUGGGUAUCAAGUGGGCAACACAAUGGUGUUCCUGCGGGAGGUGGAGCGACAGCGACUUCAGACCCUCCUCCAUCAGGAGGUGCUGCGGCGAAUCGUCAUGCUGCAGCGCCGCUUCAGGGGCGUGCUGGAGCGGAAGCACUUUGUCGACAUGAGACGAGCAGCUUGUGCCAUCCAGCGAUGGUGGCGACGCUGCCUCCUCAACCAAUCCACCAUGGACUUCACUAUUGAGGAGGGGGCUGCGGUUUGUCUGCAGGCGGCCUGGAGGAGCUACACGGAGCGCAGGAAGUUCCUGCAGUGGCGAGAGGCCGCCGUCAUCAUUCAGAGGAGCUGGAGAAACUGCCGCCACCGCAGAACUUUGGCAGCUGUAAUGGUUCAAGCAGCCUGGAGGGGAUUCAGAGAGAGGAGCCGCUACUGUCGGACGUACAGGGCCGUGACGCAGCUGCAGACGACGGGCAGAGGAUACCUGGCUCGACACAGGUUCAGAGAAUUGAAGAAGCAGCAUGAAAGACAGCGACUCAAUGGCCACUCAUCUGCAGAGAUGGAUGCAGGAACCACGGAGGAGCUAACCACAUCAGGACAGGAGAGUAAUGUCCAGGACGUCUCUUCAGAGCUCUCUGAAGACCACAAGACUGUUCUGUUCGGUGUGGGAGAGACAGAAAGAGGAGAGGACUCGGAGCGAAGCAGGAGCAUGGAUGAGAUGAGCCACAAGAACCGGUCGAAACGAGAGAGCAGACGGAUGAGAGAGUUGGAGCAGGCUCAGUUCAGCCUGAAGCUUCUGAGGGUCCGCACCACUAGUGUAGGAGGUCCUGCUCAGGAGGACUCGGUCCCUGACAGCGGCACCUCUCAGCUGGAGGAGCAUCACAGACACUCUCCCCGAGGAUCCCCAGGUAGUCAAGGAAGCUUUGAAUUCCUCAGUGUAGAAGACAUGGAGGCUGAAGGCUCUGCACCCCAAGACCAACCCCAAGCUCGUGAUAUACAACUACAAGAGGAGCAGAGAGAUCCAAACCAUAAUGAAAAACCUCUGUCCGAGGGUCCCAGGGCAACAUUUUAUAUCGCUUCUGACCAAAGUCCAGUUCAUGAACCAAAAUCCGAAAGUCCCAGCAAAUCUUACAAAGAGAGAAGGGAGUCUACGUCUCGGAGGCCAGUUGUGGUUUUAAUCAGUAUGCAGAAGGAAAGCCCUGUGGAUGAGGAGGAGCUGCCGGCAGCCCAAAUCCCAGAAAGAGAUCCUCAAACAGGAGCAGCAUCAUCCACUUCUCAAACGACUCCCUCUGUAGGCCUGGAGGUGGGAUCAGAAAUCGAGCCGGCUCCCGGGACUGCUCCCCUGGUCACAAGAGAUGUAAACGGGGUGGAUAAGUCCUUUAAGGUCCCCUCUCCAACUGCUCUGGGGUCAAGUCCAGACGUAGCAGGGCUUAGCUCCUCAGAGGUGGACAUCCAGAUCGUCCUGGAGCCCAAGCCUGCCAUUCUCCAUGGUCAGCAGGAAAGGAGUGUGGUACAGCCGGCGCAGGAGGCUCCCAGCACGAUCCUGGACACCAAACCUCCCAAAGCCCAGAAGAAGAGCUCAGCCCAGACUGUGAUUGUGAACAUGCUUGAGAAACCGUCUGCCACAGUGUUCUCUCCACCCAGACGCAAACUUCCAUUCUCCAAGUCAGAUAAGGACUUGGUGAACCAGGAAAGAUCUCUAGCCAUGUUCAGAGACGACUCCAAAUCUGCUGGGUCCAGAAACAGAGAGCAGGUUGGCCGUCCAGGCCCCAAAAAGAAAGCUAGAAUGUCCCGGACACGCUCCGACUUCCUCACCCGCUGUAACUCUGAGGGGGCAACCCAGUCGGACGACGACGACGAGUACUACACCCCCGCCCUCUCCCACACGCUGCCCCCCUCCCUGUCCCUCCCACACGCCCACCCUGAGACGGACUGUCACAGUGACUCAGAGAUGUCUUCUCAUAAAGACCAGAAGAAGAUCCAUAAGACCAUGUCAUCGGGAGACCUGGGCAAGGUUGAGGUCCUGAGGAAAACCUCCAGUCACGAUGGAAGCAGGAUGAGAGGAAAGAUGCGAUUCUGGAGUAAGACGAAGCACGGAGAGAAAAAACUGUCACGAGAGAAGCAGGCGAGCAGGAGUGAAGCAGGAGAGACACAUGAAGACCCCUCUCUCCUGCACAGUCUUGACCUUGAGGCGGCUUCUGCAACGGGGGUCAGGGACAGUAAGGAGAGCAAGGAGCUGUCUCCUAAAAUGAGACGACGUCGCAGUGUGAAGAUCAGCAGCAUCACCCUGGAGCCCGCCCAGUGGCAGAACGACGCCCUGCACAUCCUCACGUCGGCUCACGACUACCGCAGCAUGAACGACUUUCUAAUGAAGAAGAUCGCUGACCUGGAUUCUGAGGAUGGUAAGAAGGACACCAUGGUGGAUGUCGUGUUCAAGAAGGCGCUGAAGGAGUUCAGGAUCAACAUCUUCAACUCGUACUCCACUGCUCUGGCUAUGGAUGAUGGGAAGAGCAUCCGUUACAAGGAUCUUUAUGCCUUGUUUGAGCACAUCCUGGAGAAGACCAUGCGUCUGGAGCAGAGAGACUGGAGCGAGUCACCGGUGAAGGUGUGGGUCAACACCUUUAAGGUCUUCCUGGAUGAAUUCAUGACUGAGUACAAGCCCAUGGAGGGAACCAUCGGCAGGGCUCCUAAACGUGAGCGCAAGAAGUCGAGGAAGAAGGAAACUGACAUUGUGGAAGAACACAAUGGCCACAUCUUCAAGUCCACCCAGUACAGCAUCCCCACUUACUGCGAGUACUGCUCCUCCCUCAUCUGGAUGAUGGACCGAGCCUGCGUCUGCAAACUGUGUCGUUACGCCUGCCACAGGAAGUGCUGCACCAGGAUGACGACCAAGUGCAGUAAAAAGUACGAUCCAGAGUUGUCCUCGCGGCAGUUUGGCGUUGAGUUGUCUCGUCUGACCAGCGAGGAGCGGACGGUGCCGCAGAUGGUGGAGAAGCUCAUCAACUACAUCGAGAUGCACGGCCUCUACACAGAGGGGAUCUACAGGAAGUCGGGCUCCACCAAUAAGAUCAAAGAACUCCGUCUGGGGCUUGACACAGAUGUGAACAGUGUGAACCUGGAUGACUACAACAUCCACGUCAUUGCCAGUGUUCUCAAGCAGUGGCUGCGUGACCUGCCCAGCCCUCUCAUGACCUUUGAACUGUACGAAGAGUUCCUCAGGGCAAUGGGUCAGCCAGACAAGCGGGAGGUAAUCCAAGGGGUGUAUUCGGUGAUCGACCAGCUCAGCAGGACCCACCUGAGCACUCUGGAGCGUCUCAUCUUCCAUCUGGUUAGGAUCGCCCUGCAGGAGGAUACUAACAGGAUGUCAGCCAACGCCCUCGCCAUCGUGUUUGCUCCCUGCAUCCUCCGCUGCCCCGACUCGAUCGAUCCUCUGCAGAGCGUCCAGGACAUCAGCAAAACCACUGCAUGUGUGGAGCUCAUCAUCAACGAGCAGAUGAGAAAGUACAGAGCUCGACUGAAGGACAUCAGCAGUCUGGAAUUUGCAGAAAGCAAAGCCAAGAGCAGACUGACCCACAUCAGGAAAUCCAUGAAACCAGUACUAAUUGCUGUUAGGUUUAUGAGCAUUACCCGCACUGCCACCCCGAGCAUAGGCCGCGUUCGACAGAGCAGCACCCACACGCCCUCGCCUCCUCUCAGCCCCCGAGCAUCUUCUGAGCUGGAUGGAGACAGUGCAGGAGGAGGAGGAGAAGGAGAAGGAGGAGAGGAUGCAGCAGAGGCUGGGCUGAAUGAGCCACAGCAGCUGGCGAUGCAGCAGGAGGAGCGGAUCCUCACUGAGCAGAUUGAGAGUCUGCAGAAAGAGAAGGAGGAGCUGACGUAUGAGAUGUUGAUCUUGGAGCCGCGGGUGUCUGACGAUGAGACUCCUGAAUCUGAAGCCUCCAUCGGCACAGCAGACAGCUUUGAAAAUAUUACCAUGGAGACCAAAGGAGCUACGUCCGACCCCUCGGAGCCCGGCACUUAUCGCUCCAGAAAGUCGGAGGCAAAGAGCAGACGAGCUCUGCAUCGCCAGCCGGAUUCCCAGGACUCAGCAGACUCCAUCUCCACGUUCUCCUCAUCCUACCACGCCUCCUCUUCUCUCUCCUCCAAUGCCUCCGGCUCUCCGUCCCCUCACUACCGGUUUCGCUCGUCCUCUUCCGGGCCGCUGCUCACCUCCUGCAGUUUGGGGACCACCCCCCUGGGCGAGGCCGAGGCAGGUCACAGGGGUGGCAAGUCCCAGCACAGGCUCCGGCUGAGCCGCAGCUCACCACGCGAGCCCUCGGGAACCCACCGGAGGGAGUCUGAAUUCAGCUCCGGGCCACAGCAGCUGGUUCUGUAUGGCAGCAACGAGUUCAUGGUGUGAAGCCAAGGAGGGAAGACGCCUGCCACCGCCUGUUGGAGAACAGGAGGAUGUGCGAGAAGUGGGAGGAGGGAGAGUCCAGGGAUGGAUGAGGCUGGUCAUGGGGCAAGGUUCAUGCCAAAUGUCGACUGCUGCCCCUCCUCUGUUCCCCCCCCCCUCCUCCCCUGGUCCAGUCAAAGCAGAAACCUGUGAGAAUAACAAAAGACUGGACGUACCACACAGAGGGACAAGACAAUUAAGAUGGUCAAAGACUGACGACUAAUGUGAAUAGAGGGAGUGAAGUGAAACAGUUUUUGACCCUCUGAUCUCAGUGCUGUUUGACCCCUGCUGGAGCACCAGGGGUCAGUUAAGGGAGAGAAGAAGAAGAAGCAGAAGAAGGGAAGGACGGCUGGAGAGACACAGAAAAAAAAAACACUCCUGCAAAGCCAAAUCUGAUAGUGCCCUGUCUUAAUUUUUUUGCAUGUGGUCAGGUGGUAAAGCCAACCCCGAAGAAAUGUAGCCAUACUGACUGAACUGGCGGACAUUUUGUCUGUAACCAGCACCAAGCUUUUCACGUUUACACAGGACAAACCAGCCAGGAGGCUGCAUGCUUCUCCAUCACACUUUUUCCUAUGUCAAUCUGAAGAAACUGUACAGAAAUAUGUCACAGCUCUAUGUUAUAUAUUAUUGUUAUUAUUAUUAUUGUUAUUACUAUUAUUAUUAUUAUUAUUAUGUUACAGAGGAAAAGGGUGAACAUAGAAAGAAACUCCAGUGCUGCUCCUGGGCCGUUCAUUGUUGAUUUGCCUGAUUUCCUCUUCUCUCGUUUUGCAAAGGGAAGUGUCCGGAAUUCAGGUUCCUUUUUUUGUGUCUGUGCUGGUUUCAUCCAGUUUCCUUCCCUUUGCCUUUUUUUCUCUUUUCCUAUAUCCCAAUGAUCAGAGCCAGUCUUGGGUGACCUCGGGUUGUACUCUUCAGAAAUAACAGAAGGAAAUUGGCCGUCAGUCUGUGCUACGUGUUGGGUGUUUUGUAUCUGCCUGUCCCUGCAAGCUCUCUGUUUUCUGUCUGUUUCAUUCAGAAGCAUCAGUGUUACUUUUGUCAGGACUUGAAUAUUUUUUUAAUAUAUACUAUUGCUGUAUUAUACAUUGGUGUUGUUACUGAUAUCAAAGAUGUCAUGUUUUUUGCUGUCAAUAUUGUUUCAUGGUUUAUUUUUGUUCAGAUGAACGCCUGACUGUGCGUGUGUGUGUGUGCCUGAAUGAAUGAAUAAUUCAUGCCACUGUAUCAGCUCCCUCUCGGUGCAUGUAUAGUCGUCUCUAUACACACUUAUAGGUUUCCCCUAUUAUUCCUAUAAGGGUGGGAAAUCUCUCCAACCAUCAUGUCACACUAAAUCUAACCCAGUUAUACCAAAUAAUGUUUCAGAUUUUCACUGCACCUUUGGGGGAAACUUCUCCACACACAUACUCACUCCGUCCAUGUUGUCCUCUGAGCCGUCCGCCAUUCAUUCUUCUUCUUCUCAAACACAAGCGUAGCUCUUCCAUCCUCCUGUCUCCCGGCUCUGGCUGUGAAAAGUAGCAUUUAACCUGCAGACAAAGAAGUAGCAUCUAACUCAGACUGUCCUUGUGUUUUCUGCAAAAUCCUAAUCUCUCUCUGUCUCUGUCCAUGCAGUGUCAGUGUAAUCUUCAGUUUAACGGACAUACUCAGUAUCUUAACAGCGAUGAUGUCUCUGUACUAAAGCUGCAAUAUCCCUCCUCGCUUGCUGCGUCUGUGAUCAGAUCCCCGUGGGCGACUCUCGUUCCGAUCUCACCAACACAAUCCGUGUUAAUCGACUUUUCCUUGAAGCUGGAAGUCUCCGUGAAGACUGUGCUGAUCUCAGGUGUGAGAUGCAGGUGUGGAGACUUGCAAUGUGUUGUCUUUUUAUAACAUUAGCUCUAGACCUGUAGGAAAGAAGAAAAAAGUCUGUUUCGAAGGUGAGAUGAGAAGACAAAACUGAUUCCUGGUCAAAUAUCGAAGCUGGUAUUUGGACAUGUCUAUGCUGUCUAUAUGGCAUUCUGCAAAAAAACUAAAAGAAAAGAAAAAAAAGUGAAUGUACCUGUCACUGGAAGACAUGCUGUGCUUUCUCUGGUUGUUUUUGUUCCUCUUUUAUACACAGUGUAUGUACUAUUUAUGAUCAUGCUUUUGGGGUGUACAUUGAUUUAAAAGAAUCUGUUAUAUAAGGUGUUAUAAAAGGAUAUAUUAUCCUAUGUACGGUUCAUUAUCUACUAUUAAUCAUGGCAACAUUUUAUCAGGCCACGAUGGGUCUGUCAUGUUUGUGCUAUACGAAGCAGAAAAAAAAAAGAAAAGCGUUGUGUCUCAUUGUCUGCACCACUUUGGACACGGUUAUGUAUAAGGUGCAAUUUGUGUUAUAUUUCCUUUUUUAAUUAUACGAACAUGUCAAUGGUUGUAAGAAAAAAAAAAAGACUUUAUGGGGGAAAUUUCAUCUGCUUAUUAAAGAAGCAAAACUGCUGCCAAACACA